AUGGCGAUUAGAGGCGGCGGCGACAAGAGAAUAUUUGGGACUGGGUCAGAUGGGAAGGGGUUUGGAUCCUGUUAUAGAGAUGAGCUAGUUGGGGGUUGGGUUGAUUUUACCUUUCAUGUGCAGUUGGUUAGGCGACUGCAAAGUCAGAACGAAAAUGUAUCUGGAGAAGAGGCUGCAGCUACACCAAAGGAUAUCUUUCAGAUUUUGAUGCAGACAAUUGAGGCUUUAUCGAGUGUUCCAGUUCCUGAACUAGCUCUAGGGUUGUAUCUGCAAUGUGCUGAGGCUGCAAAUGACUGUGAUCUAGAACCCGUGGCCUAUGAAUUUUUUACCCAGGCUUAUAUUUUGUAUGAAGAAGAGAUCUCGGAUUCAAAAGCUCAGGUGACCUCCAUACACCUGAUAAUUGGGACUCUUCAGAGGAUGCAUGUCUUUGGUGUUGAGAACAGGGAUACAUUAACACACAAGGCCACAGGGUAUUCCUCAAAGCUUUUGAAGAAGCCCGAUCAAUGCAGAGCUGUAUAUGCAUGCUCGCACCUUUUCUGGCUUGACGAACAUAAUGACAUGAAAGACGGGGAGAGGGUCAUGCUUUGUUUAAAGCGUGCCUUGAGAAUUGCAAAUGCCGCUCAACAAAUGGCUAAUGCAAGUCGAGGGAGCAGUGGAUCAGUCGUACUCUUUAUAGAAAUAUUGAACAAGUAUCUCUAUUUCUACGAGAAGGGGGUGUUGCAAGUUACUAUUGAUUCAAUCCAGAGUCUGAUUGAAUUGAUCAAACAAGAGAUGAGCGGUGAGAAUACAACAGCUGAUCUAUCUGCCGAUGCUUUCUUUGCAAGUACACUGCGGUAUAUUCAAUUCCAGAAGGACAAAGGCGGUGUAGUGGCUGAGAAAUACUCGCCUAUUAAAGCGGAAUUUGCUGAAACGUCGUGAACAGGUAAAUUCUUUCGUAAUACACCUAUCAAGUUUUAUCAUUUCAAUUUGGUUUUUGUCUUUUCGACUCCUUGUACAUCAAGAGAAUGGAUCAGUGAUCAGCUUAUGAUUUCUCCCAAGUAAAUUAUGAUGUAAGAAAAAAUCCGCACUGCAUUUUCAUUGUUGGUGUUAAACUUUGUAGUGAGAUAGUGCUAUAGGAAGGCGUUGACAAUUAUUUAUUAAGAUUUUUGAUUUCGUGGAAAAGUGUUGGCGUUUCUCAACACAGUAAGCCGUAAAAUAUUGGGCUGGCAACUGAAUACGUAGACACUUCAUCGUUUGGUUAAAUUACACCAUUGCUACCUUUUA